CAGCCGCAAGUUGGAGGGCAUUGCUGUGUAAUCAGAAUGAAGUUCGAAUUGUUCUUACGGACUUUGCAGUUCUGCCUAUGUAUCGCUGUUGCGUUUUGCGGCGCGGACACAAGUGAAAGUAUCCUCUCUCUGAACGGAGAUGGCGAGAGCGCGUACCCCAUCGUUAUGUGGCACGGCCUGGGCGAUUCCUGCUGCAAUCCUCUGAGCUUGGGCGGAUUCAAGAAUUUCCUCGAACAGUCGAUCCCCGGCGUGUAUGUGAACUCGUUGCGGAUCGGCACCAACAUGAUCAGCGAAAUCGGUAACAGCUACUUCAUGAACAUCAACGAACAGGUCGAGGAGGCUUGCAAGAUCAUCGCGAACGACUCGAAACUUUCCGGGGGAUACAACGGGCUCGGCUUUUCCCAGGGCGGCCAGUUCCUAAGGGCACUGGCGCAAAGGUGUCCCGAGCCGCCCAUGCGGAACCUCGUCUCUCUCGGAGGGCAGCACCAGGGCGUCUUCGGGCUUCCGAGGUGUCCCGGAGAGAGUUCGGAGCUCUGCGAGUACGCCAGGAAGCUUCUGAACCUGGGCGCCUACUGGGACGUCGUUCAAGACCACCUGGUCCCUGCUCAGUACUGGCAGGACCCGUUCGACCGACAAACGUACAUUGCCAAGAGUCUCUUCCUCGCUGACAUCAACAACGAGCGCGUCAAGAAUGAGACGUAUAAGGACAACCUGCUCAAGUUGAAAAAUCUCGUGCUCGUCAUGUUUGAGAAUGACACGGUGGUUGAUCCCAAGGCAACCAGCUGGUUCGGCUACUACGCCGAGCGCGACGACAAGACGAUAGUGCCUCUGCAAAACCAGAAGAUCUACACGGAGGACUGGAUUGGCCUCAAGGAGCUUGAUCAAAGCGGCAGACUUCACUUCUUGUCCACGCUUGGCGACCACCUUCAGUUCAAGGAAGAGUGGUUCACAGAGAACAUAAUUAAGCAAUACUUGCUGUGAGCUUGGACUUAUUUUUUCUCUCUCUCA